GAUGAGCGGCCACUAAUCCCCGACAGAGGUCACUCACAAGCCAAAGACGUCACAUACUUGAGGGUACAACGAACACUUAACUCGGCACAGAAUCGGUCUGAAUCUCAUGCAGAUCACACAAGCGAGAAAAGAAGAGGACCAACAGAAGAAACAGAUUAAUCACAAUGAAGAGUGAGGCCAUAAAAGCUGUUCUCCUUCUACUCUGUGCUCUGGAUUUAAGUGUUUGUGGGACAAUAGAAUUCCCCAGCAUCCACUCAGAAGUAUCUGACUGUAUUAACCUGCGAUGUGUCAGAGGAAUCAAGGCCUGCCGAGACACACACGGAAAAGCUCUUACAAGGAAUCUGAAAGGAUGUGUUGUACAAAAGUGUAAAAGAAUUGCCAACAUCUGUAUCAAAGAGCUUCUGGAACCAAUCAUGCCUCAGUUAGAGUCACUGUAUCCUCAAUCUUCAUUAUUUGUGAAUCAGUAUGCAGACACAUUUAUUACUGAAAUCACUGACUCAUUUCUUCACUGCUGGGUUGAAACAGACCAAGCCAAACACCUAGUGUGUUUCGGGAACAGACUUCUAGAUGUUGCCCAGCCACUCAUCAAUGCUGCAUCUAAACUCCUCAUCAGUCGUGGAGCAUAUGUUUCCUGCUGGCUUACUCAAUCUUUGAGAGGCUUUGUGAAUUGCACUGAUCAUCUCGAUGACAAGUACUUCAAGGAGCUAAAAAUCAUUGCAGAAAGAGAAAUGCGACAGAAUACAAUAAGAUAUCUCACAUGCGUCAGCAAACCUUAUGAGAACUGGAACUACUGUAAAGAAUUUAUGGAUACAGUUUUGGCAUCAUCAUCUACAAGAAGACAACAGUACAAAGACUACAUGAUAUGUUCAUUCCACAAAGUAAUUUUGGCAACAGCUAACUGCUGACUUUACAAGGUUUGAAGAUCUGUGAUGAGAUCAUGCAGAACCUGGGUAUGAUGGAGAAUACCAAUAAAUUUCUCUUCUUAACCAUGAGCAUUAA